AUGAGCUCCCCCUUGAAGAGAGCCCCGCUGCUCAGGUCCUUCCUGACGCUGCGAGAUGCCAGCACGCAGCAGCAGCAUCAGCAACCCCGGCUGCCCACAUCCUCCGCCUGCGCCUUCCACCCUAAGGCGGAGGAGGUGGCGCCGAGCGAGCGGGCUCCUCACUGCAGGGGGCACCCCCUCUCCGCCCUGCCCGGCCCCACCAACUGGCCCCUGCUGGGCAGUCUGCCGGACGUCCUCUGGAAAGGGGGGCUCAAGAAGCAGCACGAGACGCUGGCUGAUUACCACCGAACAUUUGGGAAGAUUUUCCGCAUGAAGCUGGGCGCCUUUGACUCAGUUCACAUCGGAGCCCCCUGCUUGUUAGAAGCUCUGUACCGGAAAGAGAGCGCUUACCCCCAGAGGCUGGAGAUCAAGCCCUGGAAAGCCUACCGGGACUACAGAGACGAGGGCUACGGGCUGCUGAUCCUAGAAGGAAAGGACUGGCAGAGAGUAAGAAGUGCCUUUCAAAAGAAGUUAAUGAAGCCCACAGAAAUCGUGAAACUAGAUACCACAGUCAAUGAGGUCCUGGUGGAUUUCAUGCAUAGAAUAGAUGAUCUUUGUAACCAUAAUGGUGAAAUUGAAGACAUAUAUUCAGAAUUCAACAAAUGGUCCUUUGAAAGUAUCUGCUUGGUGUUGUAUGGGAAGAGGUUUGGACUCCUGCAGCAGGAUGUGGGAGAAGAAGGCCUGAACUUCAUCAAGGCUGUAAAAACGAUGAUGGGUACUUUUGGGAUGAUGAUGGUGACCCCAGUUGAACUUCAUAAAAGUCUGAACACAAAAGUCUGGCAAGCUCAUACCAACGCAUGGGACAAUAUCUUUAAAACAGCCAAGUGUUCAAUUGACAGAAGACUGGAGAAAUAUUCUGCCAAUCCCAGUGAAGAUUUCCUGUGCGACAUUUACUUUGGGAGUCAACUCUCCAAGAAGGAACUGUAUGCUGCUAUCACAGAGUUCCAGAUUGCAGGAGUUGAAACGACUGCCAAUAGUCUACUGUGGGCUCUGUAUAACAUUUCACGCAAUCCCCACGUUCAACAGAAGCUUUUCCAGGAAAUACAGAGUGCAGUGUCUGCUAAUGAGAGUCCAAAUGCUGAGGACCUGAAGAAAAUGCCUUACCUAAAAGCAUGUCUGAAAGAAUCUAUGAGGAUAACACCAUCUGUGCCAUUUACCACUCGCACUCUUGACAAAGAAACAAUGCUUGGGGACUAUGUGCUACCUGAAGGGACAGUGUUGAUGUUAAACAGUCAUGCCUUGGGAUCCAAUGAAGAGUACUUUAGUGACUGGACUACAUUUAAACCGGAGCGUUGGCUUCAGAAGAAUAUAAUAAAUCCUUUUGCUCAUAUUCCUUUCGGCAUUGGGAGGAGGAUGUGCAUUGGGCGUCGCUUAGCUGAACUACAACUUCAUUUAGCUCUUUGCUGGCUUGUUCGCAAAUAUCAGAUUAUAGCAACUGAUAGUAAACCAGUAGAAACUCUGCAUUCAGGAAUACUAAUCCCCAGCCGAGAACUUCCAAUUGCCUUUAGAAGACGAUGA